AUGAGGCACGAGAGCCGGCCCGAGGAACACCCAAAGAAGGAGAACGAAGUUGACCCUAAGCUGCAGAGGAUCAGCUCAGCUGCCGAUCAGUGUGUACGAAUGACAUCAGCUAGGAGGCUGGGACUGGUCAGAAUGGUGUAUUUUCCUUAUGGUAUUAAAGUGAUGGUGGUGGCUGUGGCACUGGAGAGAACCACUUCUGUAGUCAACGGGAAAGUUGGUGAAUCUGAGCAGGUGGGCGUGAUGCUGGGUCAGGAAGUGGAGGAGGUGGGUCAGGAGAUGCAGCAGGUGGGCGUGAAGAUGAGUCAGUUGGUGGAGCGCCAUCUCAACAGCUGUCACCUGGUGAUCAUCACCAAUGCAUAUCACUCUCAUGUCACCUCCACAAUUGUCAGGCACAUCGCUAUGGACUUGCAGUCAAGCAUUAUCGUGGACGUAGAGUCAAUCGUCUCCAAUGAUCUUCAACCCGAAAUGGAUUACCAGGAGCACGAGUCUUUUGCACCACCAAUCAAUCCACCAUUUUGGAAGCAGACAUCACAAAGCCAAGCAACCGAGAAUCAUCCACAUCGCCCCCAAGCAGCACAGGAGGAGCUCGCACGAGACAACCUCCUCCAGGGGCUGUGGGGGGACUCAAGAACCACCUGCCGGGGUCUUAUUCUCGACCUCACCUCCAGCAGCAACACCACUCAUCUCGCCCUCAGACUUAUCUACUAUAUUGCAGAUCCUCUCCAGCCAGUUCCACCCACGCGACUGGCGUGCUAA